UUUCAACAGGAAUUUUCCACUUCAUACAAUAGUUAAAUUCAGCUUGGAGUAUCCAUCUCAUUGCAAUUCUGUUGCAGCCUGUUUCAAUGGACCCAUCAAGAAUUUCCCUCCGUCCAUUCAAGCUCUCCGAUGUUGAUGAUUUCCUGAAAUGGGCUAGUGACGAUAGAGUGACACGCUAUCUCAGAUGGAACACAAUUACUUCCAGAGAAGAAGCAUUAAAUUAUCUUGACAAAGUUGCUAUACCCCACCCUUGGCGUCGGUCCAUAUGUUUGGAUGACCGUUCGAUUGGCUACAUUUCAAUCAAACAAGAAGCAGGUGAUGAUAGAUGCAGAGCCCACGUAGGAUAUGCAUUGGCGGCAGAGUACUGGGGUCAAGGGGUAGUCACGGUAGCAUUGAAAAUGGCUGUUUCUAAAGUGUUUGAGGAAAUUCCAGAUUUGGUGAGAUUGCAGGCUCUGGUAGAGGUAGAAAAUAAAGGGUCUCAAAGGGUACUAGAAAAAGUUGGGUUCUUGAAAGAAGGUUUGUUAAGGAAGUACGGUUUCUGCAAAGGCGAAAUUAGAGACAUGUUUGUGUAUGGCUUCAUUUAUACCGAUAAGUAACAAAACCCCAGCUAGCUGAAGCCGAGUUAAACAACAAAUGAGCAGACAAAUGCCAACAGGUUGUGUCCUUCCUCGCUGUGAUGGUAUCUGUUAAGAACAGAACAUGUAGGUCUAUGAUUUAAACAUUCUUAAUUCUUUUAGCUUUUCGUGUUCUGAGUGUAAUUAUUUUAGUCUGAUUCUUGACCAUAGAUGUGUGCGUACUGCGUACAACAAAUUUUUGGCCCACGUUUCCUUUCUAGAACUGAUUCAAUGUACUCAAUCAACACAUAUUCUCUGUACAUGAAUCAUACUUGAUGAUGUCUUGUUAUUGUGGUGGUCGUAAGAAUGGCCCAACAUGAUAUACUAGCGAGGGUAAACGGCAUAUUCCCAUCGAGGUUUAGCAAAAUCUCAAGUUGAUACCUCCUACUUGCAUUUAUUUCAGAUUCUCAUUCUUACACUAACACUAUUAGUGACUACUGAAGGUGGUCAAAAACGGUGAAUGAGAUCCAUAAAUAAAAGUAUAGGUUUUUUAGAGGAGAUUGUAGGGAGUCCAAUAGUGGUCUUGGAAGUGAUUUUGGACUUUGAAAUCAGUUGAAAAAAACCAAAAACCAUCGGCUUGGAUGCUACUAACGUGAGCCUCUUUUUGCUAACAUGAGUCCUUCUUAGCCAAAGAAAGCGCCAGCACACUUUUGCAUGCUAACAUGCGUCUCACUAUAGUGAAAAGUUAAGAAUAUGUUAAAAUAAAUGAAAUGGCAUCUAAAAUAAAUGGAAUCAGGGAUAUCAACUUGGAAUUUCGCUAAACCUCGGGUGGUAAUAUGUCGUUUUCUCUAUACUAGCACGACGAAUUUAGACAAACAAAACAAAGGAGGGCUGGAGAAAAACAAGGUGGUCUGAACAAUUAAAAUCUAAAGCAUGCAUUUUCAUGAAACAUUUAUUUUAGCAUAUUUUCAACUUUUCACUAUAGUGGUAGAUUCAUACCGAUCCAGCCCAAAAAUUCCCACAGCCACAAUAAUCAUUUCCUAGCAUUGGACCAAGAUGGGCCAUAUUGUUUACCAUUGUAUGUUGGGCAGGACAGGAUACGCCAGCACAAUGGACCACAAUUUUUUCCGAUUUCCAGUACCCAUACCAGUGACA